GAUAGUGGUCGUCGCCAUUUUGGUUUUGAAGUGUUUUGGGGCAGCACAUUGAGUUUUAAUUUAGGUGUAUACAAGGAUUGGAUCAAGUUUUAACAGCUACAUGAAUAGCACAGAUGUAAAAUGCCUAAAGAUGAUAAAAACGAGUUUCUCAAGGCACUCAACGUUGACAGUUUUGCCAGUGAAAAUGAAAUUAGGAAAGCGUACAAGAAACUAGCGCUACAAUGUCAUCCGGACAAGAACUUCAGCGAAACAACAGCUAAGAAACAGUUCGAAGAACUUAGUAAAGCUUUCGAAAACCUUGUAUUAUUAGAUGAAGCCAACAAUUCGAUGUAUGAUAGUGACCAAAUUUUCUUCGAUUUUCUUGGUGAAAUUCUAUUUGGAUCAGAAAGCAAUAGUGACUUUUUCUCAUUCUUCUGUGGCUCGAAACAACAUUGUUGUCAACUUUCCGAUGGAGAUCUUGAUCAUAGAUAUCAAGAAGAUUAUGACGAAGAAGACAUCGAUGGUGAGAGCGAGCUUGACAGUAUCAUGGAAAUUGUUAAGAAUCGAAGGAAAAAAGGAAAGUCAGUUCCUGAUAAUUUCCAUGAAGGAAAGCUUCAAGAGCUUAAAACUAUGCUGGCACAGCACAAGGAGGAUAUGAAGAAGGACUACACUAAAAAGCAACAGACUACUAAGAAAGGGAAAACAGCAGUGCCUGUUGCAAAGCCUAAACCAAAGAGCAAAAAGCAGUUGUUAGCUGAACAGCGGAGAAGAGAUAAGAUUUUGAUUUUUGUCACUAAACAUGUUUCCAUUUCUCACUUCAAGAUGGAAAUUGARAGACAGAAGAGACUAGAGGAAGAGAGGAUCAAGGCCCAGAAUGAAGAACGGAAAAGAAGAGAAAGGGAACAAAAGGAGAGAGAAAAACAACAACGACAAGAACAGGAAAAGGAAGAGAGAAAACGCAGGCAACAGGAAGAAGAGAAGAAGAGAAAAGAGGAAGAGGAAAAGCGAAAAAAGGCUGAAAAGGAAAAAGCUGCCAAAAAGGCAGCCUUACAAGCAGCAAAAGAAAAAGAAGAACAGGCAAAAGCUGCAAGUAAACUACAGUCUGCAAAACGUCAACCACAACAACAACGCACAGAUCAGCAACAAUAUCCUCGUGAGAUUCCUCCUAGAUUCCAAAARAUGAAAAAACAACAACUACAGCAACAACAACAGCAACACAUGCAACAGUCACAGUCAACGUCAUAUCAACCUAACCAACAAAGUACACAACAACAGCAACAACAACAACCUCAGCAGAACAGAGCACAAAUAAAACCUCAACCUCCAGUUGGMAAAAAGAAAGAUCCCAAUCGGUUUGCGUCAAAGGAGUAUGCGGGUCUUAUCAAUGAAGUCGAUGACCUGUCAUGGCCUAAGGGUCAAGCUAAGGGCAGUGGCUGGGUAGGCUCCACAGAAGACUGGGAACAAGAAACUGACAAAUGGGGAGCAGUUGAUAGGGACUGGGGAGGAAAGGAAGGAACAACGUGGCAGAAUGUUGUUGAUAGAACUGAUAGCAAUACAUGGCCUGCGGUAGGCAGUAAAACUACAAAUGAUACAACAACUACUAAUACAUCCAACAUCACAAUAUCAAAACCAACGUCAGCGAACUCUAAUGCACUUUUACAAACAGACUCAAAGUCUAGAAAUGUGUUCUCUAGUAAUACUGUCAACUCUCAACAAACUAAGAACUGGAAUGCACCUUCUUCAAGUACAGGAUUGGAUACAUGGGACUCUGCUUGUGAUGAUUCGAUAGAUCGUGCUCUCGAUGCUGCGGACUCAAAACAGGGCGUGGCCGGGGCAGCAGGGGGUGUAGGAUGGGGUGGUAUGGGUACAGGUGGGCUGGGAGGUUUAAUAGGCACGCCUCUUAGCUGGGAUCCUGCUGCCGCUGUGAGUUCUAAGAGUGACACACCCAGUAACGGCAAGCAGGGGUGGACUGGUAAUAGUACUACAGCUGGCUUAGAUUCGUCAUGGAGCAAAACUCCUGGAAAAGGACCAAAAAUUAAACCAACAAAUGAACUGGAAAACAAAAAACCUAAUGUUACUAACACUAGCACCUGGGGUGGAACACCCGCAGACACUAGUUCUGCUUGGGUUGAACAUUCAAAAAAGGCAGAAAAAUCUGCAACAUGGGACACRGAUACAAACUCUAGUAAUUUUCAACCUUCUUCAAGUGGAAAAACGUCUUCAGAAUCUACAGAUAAACUUAAAGCUAGGACAGAGUCUACUGGAUGGGGGGAGAGUGCAGUGUCGUGGGGUAAGGCACCUGAUAUAGCUGGAACUGCAUGUUGGGACAAUGCUUUAAAUGCGAGAAAAGUUACGGAAAGUAGGGAUGUAGCUCAAAGUAAAGGAUGGCUUGAGAAUGCUGCAACAUCUAGUARCGCUAGUACAGCAGACAAGGAGGAAGCAAGUGAAGGCUCAUGGGAUGGCUGGACUACCGCCUCUAAAAGAAAUAGGGCACCUAAACCUGCACCACCACCAACCAAUAGCACCGAUUCCAAUGCCUGGAUGAGCAGGUCUUUGAAACAACUACUAGACAUGGGCUUCAAGCAAGAAGAUGCUGACAAAGCUCUAAGGGCGAACCAUAUGAACAUUGAGAGUGCAAUAGGUGACUUGUUGUCAAUGACGGCCGGUUCAACGGAUUCUACCACCUCGAACGCCUCUACCACAAGCACAUCCAAAGACCAGGAAGCCUCAACAGACAGCAAUUCCUUUCAACAACAGCCACAACUAAAGCAGAAUCGCAAACAAAGACGUAAAAUACAGCAACAACAGCAGCAACAGCUACAACAGAAUAGUCUUCCUACUAGCGAAGAGAGUCAGGUAUCAACAGAAGCAAGCAAACAGUCAGCAACCUCGACAACAACAACGUCAACAGUACCUCAAACACUAAACAUUGAGACAAAUACUAAAGCACCAGUCAACAAGGCCGUUAAACCAUCAGUUAAACCCAACGCACCUCAGCAACCUGUAGACAAGCCGAAAGUAUCACCGACUGCUGAUCAACCUAACCCACAGGCUCCUAAACCAGUAGGGGCUGCUGGGCUCCAAGGAACUAAUGCUAAACGGGGUGCUACAGGACUUAUGCAGCCGCCCACACCAGGGGUUCCCACCCCUUUACGUACACCCAUGUCCCAUCCAUUGCUCCAGCAACAGUUAAUGCAGCAAUAUCAUUUAAUGCGCAUGGGCGGGCUGCUGCAGUCGCAGUUAACACCGCAGCAGUUUGCGUUAUUUCAACAAAUAGCUCAAUUAAGGAUUGUCCAGCAAGGCCUGGCACAGCAACAGCUUAAUCAAAAGCAUACCAUCAGUGUCCAGGCACAGCAGCAACUUUACCAGCAACAGCAGCAAAUUGCACUCAUGCUUGCACAGAUGCAGCAGCAAUUAAUGCAACAGCAACAACCGGCACAGGCGAAUAGGUUUCCUACCCCUGGCUUUCCUCAUAACAACGUACCUACACAGGCAUCGCAUGCAAACACCACAGGGAACCCACAGCAACAUAAGAAUAGUAAACCUGUAGACAAACCAAGUAGUGAAGCGCAAGCAGUAACUUCGGAGAGUGCCCCUGAGCCRUCUCAAGCUAAAGAUGUACCAGUCAGUCUACCUGUUGAUGAACGAACCAARCAAGCUUCGCCAGCUCCUCAGUCUCGYCUGACGCAGUGGAAGCAGCCAUUACUGCCCAACCCUGAUCAACCACCUACUAGUACUGAAGCSUCUAAGGAGUGGAAUACUUCGGCUAAUACUUCACCCAAGCCMAGCAGAAUGUCAGAGUCRGUGUCCAGUCGAUGGGGUGUUGAUGCUUCGCCAAGACUCUCUGCUGAUCCACCAGAGUUCAAACCCGGAGUUCCAUGGCGUCCUCGAAACGAAGAUGAAAAGAUUUCACCAAGAGAWGAAGACAAARCAUCGGAUAAGUCUCCAUCCCCGUCAAGCCCRUCCAAGCAGAGAGGGUCAUUUAACGAGGGUGCUGAACUCAGUGGCCAGUACACAUUUGGMAUAGGGUCCUCGCCGUGGCAGUCAACAGGUCCUAAUGAUAGCUUACUGAACAAGACCUCGUCUYUAAGGCCCCCUCCAGGCCUUGAUAGUCAAAAURUGUUCCCUGAGACCUCAAAUUUGGAGGAGGAACACUCCUCUUGGGUGAAGAACCUUAUUGAUGGRGCUCCUCCUAGCUUYGCACAAAAUGGACCUACAAAGGAUUUCAAUUUUGGCCAGCUUAGUUUUCCAAUCGGRUCAUCAUGGAGYACUCAGGAUGGACAGAUACUUACCGCACCGGACCCCAAACCCUGGGCAGCACCAGGGGGRCCAUCGUCUAGCACUACACCCCCCUCAGUCAUUCCUAUGGCAAGCAGUGUUGGUCAAGCUAGUGGAACUAUCAAUGCAACUCCCACCACUGACGUAACAAAGGCUACAAAUACUGGUAUUAGCUCGUGGUCAGCCAAUCAACCAAUCCCAAGCGCAGAAGAAAAGCUUUCGCAUAAACGGCCGUUGUUAGGCAACGAUCCUAGCAAAUCAGCAUCUGCAUCACUAUCAACGUGGCUCGUGUUGCGCAAUAUUCCUCCCAAUGCUGACAUCAAUGCAAUUCGUAAUGUCUGUCAACAACACGGCCAGUUACUGAUCUUCCAGUAUAACAUGCGGUACGGUAAUAGUUUGAUUCGAUACGGCAGUAAAGACCAAGCAGCCACGAUGCGUASUCUUCUWAACGGCAUGAACGUCCAAGGAGGUCAACUAUCAGCAGACUUCGCUACCGACAGYGACAUAGCGGCUUUCUUUGAACAGCCUGUAGACUGGAGYUCAAAUCCACUUCCUCCUAACUCUAAUUACGGAAACCACUGGGGAACAUUCCYUAUGGGACAGGGGGAAGCAAGUCAAAACAGACCAAACGCAGUUCUCAACCAGGAUAACAAACCGCCCCAAGUUCCACCCUCCACGGUGGUACCCCCUGGAAGCAUGAAUUGGGGUAACACCGGGCCAACGCCCAACCCUUCCCAGCUGUGGGGAACACCUCUUCCMGGUAGCAACACUGGGUUCCCAUCUUCACAAGGUCCCAGUAUGUGGUCCUUUGGAGGGAACCCACCUGAACGCGCUCCUCCACAGUCAGGGGGGGACAAUGGUGGGCUUGUUAGUCCUUCCAUGACAACGUUCUUACCCCCCGGACUUCUCAAUGGAGGUGAAUCAGUAUGAACUCACACGGACUUGAAUUUUAUUUGUAAUUAGUUGUGUUGUAUUUGUUUGUGUGUGAUUUUCUUUCUUUGCCGCCCUGCAACACGGGUUGGUCGAGUGUUUUACGUGGUGUCGUAACGCAGAAAUAAAACUUAUCAUCGCAUUA